AUGGCCAAGGUCUGUAUGAAAGGAAGCUCGUGUGAGGUUACCGGUUGCAACAGAAAGCAUCUCACCCUUCUCCACCCUCCAAGGCAAGAAUAUCCCAAGCGAAGAGCUGAAAGAGAUCUGCCAGGACCAACGAACGAGGAGAAUGAACACUUAGAAGAUGGAAAUCCCGAAGGUGGUAACUGUAAUGCAACUAACAGAGGCUGCGGUGUUCGUCUGCGUACUGUUCCGGGAAGGAAUAGUGAUAAGGAAGGAAUAGUGAUAAGGUGAUUGAAACCUAUGCGUUCCUGGACAAUGGCCCGGAAGUAACCCUCUGCGACCAGAAACUAGUACGAGAGCUGGAGUUAGAUGGAAUCGAAAGGAAGUUUUCGUUAACCCCGCAAGAGAAGCGAGAUAGCAGAAGAAAAGGUUUAGAAGUUCAGCUGAGGAUCGAGACAAUGGAUGGCAACGAUGCUUUAGACCUACAAAGGGUGUGGACUGUGAAUGAAUUGAACGUUUUCCAAUGAAGUAUCGCCACAGCAGAAGAUAUAGAGCAUUGGAAACAUCUAAGUGGCAUCGGGCUGCAUAUUAUUGAGGAUAAAGAAGUGAGAAUUCUUAUCGGAAGCGACGUGCCUGAAGCGUUCUGGGUCCUGGAAGAAAGGAGCGGUGGUAGAGGAGAACCAUACGCGAUUAGAUUGGUCGGACCUACAGAGCCAGUAGAAGACAGAGAAAACCAAUUCAGCACAAACUUCAUUCGAGUCGGAAUGGAAGAAGAAACGCUACAACAGAGAACUAAACGGAACAAGGUUCAACGAAAUUUAGUGUCUGGUGAUUUGGUACUAGUUGUCGAAGAGAACGUGCAUCGUGGACAGUGGGCAUUGGGCAGAGUUACCGUGAUAUAUACUGAGAAGGAUGGUCGUGUUAGAUCAGCCAAGAUUAUGACGAGAUCGACGACAUUGGUAAGACCAAUGAGCAAACUAUGCAAUCUCGAGAGCACGCAGCUUGACGUUGAUGAAAGGAAGAACUAAGGUUUACUUACGAAGUAAUACGAAGUUAACAUUACAUUACAUAUUGUCGCAAGUGCAUGAGAGUGAACGUCAUUAGGUACGUUCACUGGGGGGAGUAUGUUGCGAACUGAAUCGGACAGCGGUAGUACUAGUUAAACCUACAACCAGGCUUUUGCGCAGGAUAACGUAUUCGGAACGUUUUAUCAACUUUAUAUGGACAUUUAUUGCUGUUGGGGUUUAUCUAAUGUGUCGUUGGUUUAUAGAGCACACAGAAUUGUAAGUAGUGUUUAGUGGUGCUUGAAACGAUGUACGUGUAUAACCUAAUCGGUUGUUUCGUGGUUCUUACGCACUGUAAAUGUGCUUACACACUCAAAUUCGGAGAAUGUUGUUACUGCGGACGUUGUUCCACUGGGCAUAAGUGACCACAAUCUUAUUUAUGUAGUAAGGCGAGCCGGACCUAAAGCAGGGCCCAUUCCCAUAAGAGUAUUGAAAUUCGCAAUUUUAAGCAUUUUAAUUGCAAUAGUUUUCACGAUGAUCUUUAUAAUCAACCAUGGGACCACAUCGAUCAGGAAUCAAAUAUUGAUCGUAAGUGGUCUCUUUGGAAAUCUCUUUUUUGGAGGUUUUUGACAAACACGCUCCGCUGAAACUCAAUCGAAUUCGAACUAGACAUAACAUUCCAUGGUUAAACCAAAAUACUAAAAACUUCAUACGAGAGAGAGAUCGACUUAAACGUAUAGCAAUGAUCACAAAACAUGAAACUGACUGGAAUGCUUUCUCGACACUCCGAAAUAGGGUGACUAACACUAUACGUCAAGAUAAGGAAAAUUAUCAUCGAAAUAUAAUUAACAAGAAUAACGAUCCUAAACAUGCCUAGAAAGCAAUUAAUAAUAUUUUAAGUCGUAAAUCACCCAAAUCAAUUAUCAAUAAUCUCAAAGUAAAUAAUCGAGACGUAGUCAUGGCCGAAGAAGUCUCGGAUUGUUUCAAUAAAUACUUUGCUGACAUAGGGGGCAAAGUUGCAAAUUCGGUCGAAAAUAUUAAUUGUACUUUUGCUGAAUAUUUGAACAACUCCGCUUCCAAAAAUACUACCUUUAGUUUUCAAAGUGUGGAACCACAAUUAGUUUAUCAUCUAUUGCAAACAAUUUCUCCUUCUAAAGCUACCGGGCUUGACAAAAUUCCAGGAAAAAUACUGAAGUUAGCCGCCCCUGUAAUUGCCCAGUCUUUAACUAAUUUGUUUAAUUAUUCCAUAACUACUGAAACAUUCCCUUCCGAAUAAGAAGAUAGCACAAGUUAUCCCUCUUCAUAAAUCAGUGCCUAGAAAUCUGUUCGAUAAUUACCGCCCAAUUUCUAUUUUACCAACAAACAGCAAAGUAUUCGAGAAAAUCCUUUAUAGGCAGAUAUUCACUUAUUUUAAUACUAAUAAUAUCAUUUCAAAAUAUCAGUUUGGAUUUGGACCAAAUCAUUCUACUGCAGAUGCAUUGCUACAUAGCAAGAACGAAUGGUAUACAAAUUUGGAUCGUGGCAUGUUCAACACAAUAAAUGGAUAGAAAUGUACAUGUGGCAUAUACAACACAAUAAAUCAUAAGAUCUUAACGUCAAAGCUAGGUUUUUAUGGGUUUGAGCCCUCCGCACUUAAUUUUAUUAGUUCAUAUUUAGGAAAUCGAUCACAAUUGUGGUACGCGAAUGGGCAUUUAUCUAAUUCCCGCAAUAUUAAUUACGGAGUCCCCCAAGGAUCUAUUUUAGGUCGUUUGCUUUUCCUAGUUUAUAUAAACGAUUUACCAAAUUGUGUUCAUAUAUACGUCUAGUGUCAGAAUGUUCGCAGACGAUAUUACUCUAACUGCAUGUGGCAAAUCAUUAUUGGAAAUUGAAUCGAAAAUAAAUAGUGACUUGGCAAAUGUUAACGCGUGGCUCUUAGCCAACAAAUUAAGUCUAAACCUUGUUAAAAUUGAGUAUUUAUUGAUUGGAAGUCGAUCUAAGAUCAAUAAUCUUACCUCUGAACCUAACAUUGUGAUCAAUAAUAGACCCAUUAAACGUGUAACUGAAACGAAGUCCCUAGGUAUUCUAAUUGAUCAAUUUUUAUCUUGGGAUAGUCAUUUAGAUGAAUUAUGUAAAAAGGUAGCAGCUGGAAUUGGGGCUAUAAAACGACUAAGGCAUAUUUUAACCGUCUCACUCCCCUAUCCGUCUAUUAUGCUCUGGUUCAACCGUAUUUUGACUAUUGCUGUCUUGUGUGGGAUCCAAUUGGUACCACGCUUACAAAUCGAUUACAAGUACUCCAAAAUAGGGCAGCAAGGGACAUCUUAGGAUAUAGAAAUGAGCAUGGUCAGUCUGAAGCCGCUUUGUCUGAAUUGCAAUUGAAAACGUUAAAAGAACCCAGAUUAAUCUUUAGGGGCAAGUUUAUGUAUAAAAUUGCUCAUGCGCAAGCACCACCUGUUUUAACCGAUAUCUUUGAAGACUCAUCUGCUCCUCAACAUAAUUACAAUUUAAGAGACCAUGAUUUCAAGUUUUACUUACCAAAACCAAAAACAGAAUAUUUGAAAAAUAGCAUCCGGUAUAGUGGAGCAAAACCCUGGAAAACCUUACCGUGCGAGUUAAGAAGCGCAAAUUCAUUAAAUCUAUUCAAUUCGUUUCUGAUACUAGCUUGCAGUCUUAAAUCUAUUAUUAUAUCUUUAUUUAACCAUGAUUUAACUAAUUGUAAAAUUUUAUAUGGUAAGUGUAACUAUUGUAUAUAUUUUAUCAUAACGCCCCUCUUGGAAAUCAGUAAAUGCUGAAGGGGUUAUAGCGUGUUUAAAUAAAGUUUUAUCUACAUCUACAGAACUUAGACUACGUCCACAUGUACUAAACCGUUUUCGUAUUGUUUCAGGUAAUUAAACCAUUGUCCAUUUCUCUUGUGAACGCGGAGAACAAGACGAAAACGGUUAGGCAUAGCCUUAAGGUGGCUCCCAACAGUUUUGAUUGUACAGCACACAAUUGUAUUCAAAAAACCAUUAUUUUAUCAUCUUGCAUAGUAUGAUCACGAAACUUGGCCACAUAACUGCUACAAUAUCGCGAAUUACGAAAAAUAAAAAAUGUCGUUAAAAAUCCCCGUUGCCAUGGUAACAAAGCGAUUUUAAAAAGGGCCAAUUUGCAGAUUCUUUGAUAAUGUUUUGAAAAUUUCUUCGGUAAAACUUUUUAUUUUUUUGCACAGAGUAGUAAUCUUAUCUAUAAUUCCUUCAAAUGAUAGCAUUUAAAAAAAAUAGGUACGCGACGCGUACGUGUAUCUGCGAAAAAAGUUGGUUCACAUUUUGUAUUUUCUUGAAAGAAACUGAAUAAUGAAGAUGACAUGGGCUAUACACAGCGGGGAGUGCAGCAGGGCAAGUGCUACCCCACCCCCACCCCGAGAAAAUUUAACUAACUUUAUAAUGUGAUUAUGAUUGUAACAAAUAAUUAUGCAGUCAGGAAAUAAAAAUUUCAUGCAAACAAUAUUCAAAGUGUCUAUACAGCCGGGUAUUUAGUAAACUGUCACCUGUCAAUUCAAUCCAUACUCACCAAAUUUUCAAAACUUUAUUGUAAUCAUAUGAAGCAAAAGUUAUGCCACUUGAUGUUUACACUUGCCAAUGUUAACUGUUGAGUAACAUACACAAAAUAUUUCAUGGUGAACAUGUCGAAGCGAAGACCACUGAAUAGUUGAGAAUGUUUUGAAGGUCAUGAGUGAAGUAUAUAAUUAAAUUCCAGUUCUGUGCACGGUUAAUGAUAUACCACACUGUUCGGUUUAACACGUACAGCACAUUCACACAAAAACAAUUGUGUUGUGGGAGAUUAUCGGUUUGAGUAGAAGGUAUCACAAGUUUAAUUUCGUACAUUGUGUGCCAUUGAUCAAAUCCACCAUAUAAUAUGAUUAUUCAUUGUAGCUGUUAAGUUAUUUUCCAUACUAAUGAAUUUAGGUAAGAUUGCCUUGCAAAAUUAUCUGGCCAAUAAUAUCCAGUACAUUUAUUCAUCAUCCUUGCAUUAAUCUCUAAACAAAAACAUUUAUGUUUAAUAGAAAGCAAAGUAACAAUGUAAUGAGGGAGGGUGGGGAUUCUUUUAUUAGCAUUUGAAAAUGUUUGUGAAAAUUUUAAUUAUUAAUAAAACUCUAAUGUGUAAAACCAAAAUGUAUAACAGUAUAAGUAUUUUAGCUGAUAACAUCGAACAAAUUUUAACACAGAACCAGGAUUUAAUUCAAUAUCUCCUGAGAACAUUAGUUUCCUGUAACAUUGUUCAUUGACAAAUAUAUUGCCUGCUAUGUUUUGACUGCAAAACAAACCCUUUCUGAUAAAGGAGUUAAUAUUUGGAACAAACUAGAUUGUAAUUAUAAAAAUAUCAAAUCUUAUACUACCUUCAAAGAGAAAAUUAAAAAGCACCUACUACUCAAUAAUUAAGCACUGUAAAUAUAGCCAUAAUUUCUUACUCUUUCUACUUGUCUCUUGUAUAUUUGAGCAUCUAUAGUUAUUCUACUUGUAAGUAUAGCACUAUAGGUAUCCGUUCUGUCCUUUAUUUAAAGUAUUAAGACUUGACAUUACUUUUGACAAUAUACUGAUUUUAUGAAUUUUUAGUGACUUAAUUUUUACUCGUAUGAAACUAUAGCCCUGGGCCUUCUCAUUCUCCCACUGAUUAUUUGCAUGGAAAAUUUAAAAAACUUAGAACUAAAGUUAAAAAUCUUUUGAAAGAGAGUCGUGAAAGAUAUUUCUCCAACCUCGGCCAGAGUUUGUAUCUAAACCCGAAACGCUUUUGGAAUCUGUUUAAAGUAAAAUUCAAAACCAGUACCAUCCCACAAUCUGUAUCGUGGACAAUAGGAAAUGACACAAAAGUCGCUAACAACCCAACGACUAUCGCUAAUAUGUUCAAUAACUACUUCUCCUCAGUAUUCGCUCCACAAGAAGAUCUUCAAUCUAACAACGCUACUACGACAGAUAUAAAUGACACUAUUUCUUCUGGUUCAUCUACGCAGUCAAUAGAUCAAUUAUCAGUGACGGAAAGUGAUGUUCUGAGAACUCUAAAAUCUCUCGACCCAGAUAAAGCAUUAGGACCAGAUGAAAUCCCUGGUAGAAUUCUGAAAGUAACAGCCAAUCAAAUUGCUCCAUCGCUCACCCGCCUGUUUAACAAAUCUCUCCAAGUUGGGGUAGUACCCGAUGAGUGGAAGCUUGCAAAUGUCGUUCCAGUACCCAAAAAAGGAGAAAAGGAUCGCGCAGAAAACUACAGACCUAUUUCCCUUUUAUGUAUAGUAUCGAAAUUGUUGGAACGAUGCAUAUUAAACCACCUUAGAUUCUAUCUACAGAACAUAAUAAAUCGCUGUCAGCAUGGUUUUACUCCCGGGAAAUCCAGCACUACUCAACUCAUCCAAGUCAUAGAUACAAUUGGUAAACAUCAAGGACAGCAGAUAGAUGUCGUUUAUCUUGAUACGUCCAAGGCAUUUGAUAAAGUGAAUCACACGAAGAUGAUCGAUGAACUCCGUAGUUUUGGAUUCAACGGUGGCCUGCUUUCUUGGUUCCAGUCCUAUCUUCACCAUCGUCGACAAAAAGUGACAGCGUUAGGAUCAACAUCUAAGUCGACGCCCGUGACAUCCGGAGUACCACAAGGAUCUAUCUUGGGUCCAAUCCUGUUUCUGCUUUAAGUUAAUGAUCUACCCGAUGCGAUAUCCUCGUCACAAUUGCAACCUUCGCAGACGAUACCAAAUUGUUCCAAUGCAUAUCGUGUGAAGCAGACAGCUCUCUCCUACAAGAAGAUCUGACCAAUAUAAACAACUGGUCAUCGUCUUCUGAUCUUAUGUUUAAUCAGUCUAAAUGUAAAGUUCAGACAAUAUCGCGUAAACGAAAGCCCAUUAUGGCCUCAUACUCCAUGGGAAAUACGCAGCUCGACAGCAGUGUAAAUUUCAGUCACUGUGGUUUUUUUAGAGUUUUUUCAUAUUCAUGCUAUUACACUGUAUGGAAAGGUUUUGCUUUUGCCAAUGGUAAAAUAUACUUUUAUAAGUAAGUGUCUGAUUGCCUGAUCUCUUGGUUGGUUGAUUGAACACGUCAUUUGAACAGUUCGUUAAUUGAUUGAUUUUUUUAUUACUUAGUCCUUUUCCGUUUACUGUUCAGUAAACUUAACUAAUUUAUCGAAUAUUGUGAAGAAGGAUCCGCCGUAAUUGGCUGUAGCUGUUGCGGUAAUCCUGCCUUGUUUAUAUAUAUAGUAAUUUGAUGUUCAGCCUUUUGAAUGAUGUUUUUUAAGGUGCAUUUCAGCCUCAACCUUGUUCCCAGGGCUUUCGUAUGAGAACGAGGGGAGAUACGAGAAAGCCCUGGUCUGGACCGGUCACGUGACUACCCAAAAAAUGGAAGCAUUUGAUAGCUACUUGUCAAGGAGUGGCGAGAUAUUCUUUAAUGAAAUAUACAAAUAAACAGCCAAAAGACAUCAUUUAUCAAUCGAUAUUAUUUAUGUGUAGCGAAGUUUGGCACGAAUCAGCUGAAAUCGCUGAAGACCCCGUCUAUGUUUUCUAAGAUAUACCGAUAUUUCUGGAGAUUUUCAACCACAAGCAAAGCUGCAUCCAAGCUGCAUCCAGGCGUCUCCAUGCAAGUGGUGAUUCACACAAAAUUUGCUUUCUCUCGUCUUGAACAACAUGGCUAUUGCCUUUAAUAUUUAGUUUAAAUAUGCUCUUAUAGAUCUGACUUAGUUCGAUAUAAAUAAACACAAAUAUAAAACCUCGCGUAACCUGUUUACGCUGUGCAGGAAUAUACGGGUUCGCUUGUUUCGCCGGACACCAACACUUGCCGUUCAGGAGCAAUGCUUGCGUACAAAUUUUAUCCCCUUCACAAUCUUUGUUUUAUUUUAUCAUAUAGUCGCAAUUUUCCAGUAUUCGGGGUAUUCUGAAACUGUAAAACUCGAUGGCGUGACGAAUCUUGUAGAGACUAGAGGGCCUAAAUUAAUUUAGUAGUUUCAUUUAAUUGUUUGUCUUGCUUUUAUUUGUCAGCAUAGAAUAUUGUAAAUUAAAAUAUUACUAGAAUGCAAUACGCGUAGUAUUUCACCAGACAUCUGCACUACAUUAUAAAUACUGUACAAGGAAACUACAGCUUAGACUAGAAGUUACUAUCGCAAGAAUGCUGCCUCGCUCCCAAGGAAUCAAACGCAGCAUGUGCAUGCAAUUUGCUGAAAAAGGGCACAGAAUAGAGACUAACAGAGGCUGGAUUUCUUGGUUUUUCCUAUGAUUUUGGCGUAACUGUAAUUCGUCAUCAAAAUGCUGACGCCAUGUAGCCAAUCUCGUACCCAGAGCAAUGCCUGUGCGCGGGCUAGGAAGGCAUUGGCUCUGGGGAAAUUGACAACCGGAACCCCUAAAUUUAGGGGUUCUACUCUGGGGCGAUAACGAGAUAAUGCGAGUUUAAGCAAUUUUAGGUGAUUUAAGCAAAAUCUGCAAUUUAAGCAAUGCGAGUUUGAGCGAUAUAGGGCAAUGUAAGAAAACAAUUAAAAUUUUAGGGAAUGCUGUUUUAGGUGUUUAGAG